CCACCAAAAACCUCCCAUUUGUCGUUCCAUUUCCGAAACAAACCAAAGCUCCAAAACCCACUCUUUAGCUACAAUGGAGGUCUCAGUAUUCACAUUUGCUUUGAGCCUCGCCAUUCUCUCAACCUUGGCUGUCGAUGCUUCCCACCACCAUGCGACGGCGCCAUCACCUUCCUCCUCGACCUCCACCGUGGACUGCUCUACUCUGAUCCUCAACAUGGCGGAUUGCUUGUCAUUCGUGUCGGCCGGAAGCGAGGUGUCGAAGCCGGAAGGAACUUGCUGUUCCGGGUUGAAAACCGUGUUGAAAUCCGGCCCCGAGUGUUUAUGCGAGGCUUUUAAGAGCAGCGCUUCCAUGGGUGUUUCUCUGAAUGUGACGAAAGCCUCCACUUUGCCCGCUGCGUGCAAAGUUUCUGCUCCUUCUUCCACUAAAUGCGCCGUGUCUGUCACUCCUGCUGGUGCACCAGAUGGGCAACCAUCAACAACAGCAGGUGGUGGUGCACCCACAACAUCCUCGGAGAGCGCAAACGAAGUAGCACCGGCACCAGCCCCUGGCAGCUCAGGCUCUUCGGUGUUUUCGUUUUCGGCUGGAUCUGUCAUAUUCGCCGGCAUUAUUAGUACAUUAGUCUCUGGCUACGUAUUAUGUUAAAAUCGUUACCGAUAAUUCGGAUUGAGGGAGAGGGAUGUAACAACAUACGAGAGUGAGGCCAUUUUGAGGAUUAUGUUUAGUUAUUUGGGAUCAUCCUCUUGUGUUUAAUUAGUUCCUUUUGUUAAUUUUCUUUUAUGUUUGUGGUUUACUUUGAAACCCUUUUGAACUUUGGACCAUUU